AAAUUGUAAACGGGAACACAGCUGAGUUUUGUAGCGCAGUAUUUUUGCAGUAUAUUUAUAAGGCGUAAUCGCUGGGGGAUUUUUACCCUGACCACUUGUGGCCAUACUGCCAUUACAAUAGCAAAUUUGUAAAAACAUUGCAAAGCGAAAACGCCCUAGAAAGCAAUGAUUGUAAAGGCAAUUAGAUAGUUUUAAAUCGCAUCGAAAUGAGCAAGCACAUUUGCACCCGCUGGGCCUUUGACCUGGGCAGCUGGAAGCCCACACUCACACAACUGAGUCAGGCAGUGGCCUCAAUUCAGCCCGAGGAACGCGUUCGCCUCAUGAAGUUCCACUUCAUCGAUGACUUUCUGUCCUCGCUAAUUGGCCGGCUAUUGAUGCGGAAAUAUGUGAGCACAUGCAGUGGAUUGCCGCACCACCAAGUCAAGUUCGCCAGGGAUGUGCGGGGAAAACCUUAUUGGGUGAGGGAGGAUAUCGAUGGGCCACCACUCAGCUUCAAUGUCUCCCACCAGGGAAGCCUAGUUCUCCUGGCAGGGAUCACAGGAGAAGCCAGUGAUCCCGACUUUGGAAUCGGCACAGAUGUCAUGAAGAUCGAGUACAGUGGCGGCAAGUCCCUGUCGGAAUUCUUUCGCCUGAUGAAGGGCAAGUUUUCGGCCCAGGAAUGGAGCUAUAUUGGAAGACCCCAGCAUGAUGAGCGGAAACAAGUCAAGGCCUUCAUGCGACACUGGUGCCUCAAGGAGGCUUACGUCAAGGAGUUAGGAGUUGGCAUAACUGUGGAUCUGGAAAAGAUCAGCUUUUCCGUGGACACCACUCAUCCGCUGAGCUCGGAGGUGUCUCCCUUAACCGGAACCAGCCUACGUUGCCAUGAUCAACCCAUGGAGAACUGGCAUUUUGAGGAGCAUUUACUGGAGGAGGACUACUGCGCAGCCAUUGCAUUCCGUAACUGCUUGCCACAGGUGCAUGGAAGGUUUCAGUUCCUUGGAGUUGAGGAACUUCUUGUAAAGAGUCUCGAAUCGGAACAGGAUGAUGUGAUCAGCUACUGCCAAAAGGCUUUGCUUAAGCCCUACAAACGAUCAUGAACUAAAGCCCACAAAAGUAGAUCCUAAAAUAGAUUUUUUAUCCGUAGAAUAAACAUGCUUUUAUAUUUUUUCAAUAGUUGUGCCCAAUUUGGAAUAAUUUGUAA